CGUGUGUCCGUGUUUGUGGUUUUAUCACGCGCCGUCUCGACAUUGCAUGAGAGUGACGUCACGCGCACACAAUGCUGGCAACGACUGCACCGCAUAACUGCUUAAUGAAAUGUCCGGUCUUGUUGUUGUUGUUGUUGCGUGGCGUCGUUGCACGCUGCGGUUUGGCGCCCCCCCGUUGUACCAAGGGAUGGCGGGAAUUGUCUACGCUGCAUGCGUGCAUGCACGCUUGUGCCGCUCUGUGCGGGUAUUCGCUUCAGCCGCCGGCUUCUGGAAGCGAUUGAUUGUUUGCACGCGUCGUCGUGUGUGCUUCAUUUCUCGCUCGAAGGAUCACGUGCCUACUUGCCCACGUGCCAACUUGUAGCAGCAUCGCGCCAUGGACAACGCGCUUCCCGGACCGAAUGCCCGUUCGUUGCUGGCCAAGCUGGUAGACUGGCUGCGGGCGUUUGAAGAGCAAGAGGAACGGCAUCGCGUCCUUUGGCGUGACGCCGCCACGGUUGCUCGCCUGACGCUGGUGAACGAUGCCAUCAUGGCUAUUCGAACGCGCCAGUCUGCUGGGCGCAUCCAGCGGUUGGUCGGCGAGCUGCAGCUGUGCGCCUGGUGCGCAGCACCUCUAGCCAGCUGUGACAACUGCCAGCGGCAGCGCCUGCCAGGAUCCCACGAAGACGAUGCCGACGAGCUAUCGCGCUAUCGUCGCUUUCGCCUCCCUGCCAUCCGCAUCACGCGUGCCUGCCCGCAUGACAACGAGCCCCGGCCACAGCCACCAACGCCAGCCGCGACAGGUGGCAAGGGCCAGCAGCAACGCUGAUCACCGACUGCAGCGUGCACACGCGCAAGCAGCACAACUGCAUGCGAAUUCUAAUUGCUGUUGGUUUGUUGCAUCUUCUGAUCUUUGCGUUGUCGUUCAC